UGUACAAACCACCAUAAGUCAGUGGCUAGGCGAAAAUAUCAGCAUAAGCGGUUGCAUUCUCAACAAUAUUCGAUAAAUCAAUUUUUGUUAGUUGAAAAAUGGAUUUUACUACAGCAAGACGCAUAAAUCAUACCAACUAGUUUAAUUUCCAAUUUCCUCUUCCUCUAUUGAUUUCACGUGAUCUGUUUAUUAUCAUCUGGAAUUUUAUCUGCAAUUUUGCCGUCCUUCACAGCAUCAUUUUGUGUGUGUAAAACAUCUGAAGUGAUCCGAAUACUUCCGGUGGCAGUGAGAUUGCAAUAUGAUCAAACUACGGGUCUCUUCGCGACAAAUUUAUGCAUUUGCGGCUUACUGUGUACUGUUGGUAUAUCUUCUGUGGCCGGGUCGAUUCGCCAGCCGCUAUGAGUACAUAGAUGGUGAGGAAAUAUACGACCAGCUGGUCCGGAAGACUACGAAGAAUGUGAGUUUGAUGCGGAAUGGCAUUCGAUGCGACUAUAGCGAUGUGAUUGAGGAAAACUUGUACCUUUAUCGGAGGCCUUUUACCGAAGAGAUUAUUAACAACAAUAUCAAGCUGGGUGGCGAAUGGCACCCGGAGGAUUGUCUUCCCAGUUUUAGCACGGCGAUUAUUAUCUGCUACAGGCAGCGGGAGCGUCAACUGAAUUCGUUCUUAAUGUACAUGCACAACUAUCUCCGGCGACAGAGGAUCCAUUACAGGAUAUUUGUGAUCGAGCAGUACGAUCCUAAGCCAUUUAAUAGGGCUAAGUUGUUCAACAUUGGGGCAUUGAUAGCGAUGAAGCUGGAUUAUCCUUGUCUGGUGUUCCACGAUGUUGAUUUGAUGCCAACACAGUUGGGGAACUUGUACGCUUGCUCUCGGCAGCCGCGUCAUAUGUGCUCUAGUUUGGAUGUGUUCCGGUAUAAUUUGCCAUACCGAGGUCUCUUUGGAGGAGCGGGGGCCAUACAAUCGCACCAGUUUAUGCAGGUCAAUGGGAUGUCCAACAUGUUCAGUGGUUGGGGUGGAGAGGACGACGACUUCUACAGUCGGCUGAAAAAUAAAAAUAUUGAAAUCUGCCGGUUUAGUCCGGAAUAUAGUCGCUAUAUGAUGCUGAAACAUCGAAAGGAGCAACCGAACAAGGACCGGGUAGCGUUUCUCCGGAACGGGCAUCUGAGGUAUCACACCGAUGGGUUGAACUCGUUGGUCUACAAGGAGGUCGGUUACAAGCUGCACAAUUUAUUUACGCACGUUUUGGUGGAGACGUAAGCUGGUGGGGUUUUGAGGAUUAUUCCUGGAAAAGGAAUGUGAUUUUGCGUGUUGAGCUUAAUUUGAUUGAUAGGUAUGGUUUAAAAACAUAAGUUGGUUCUAGCAGAUUUUCAACUCAUUUGUUGAUGUAGGUAACAAGAGCGCUCUGUCCCAACAUGAAGUGAAAGUAAAAGUGAAAUUUUACACUCACCGGGAUCAAUUUCCAAGUUUGAGUAGAGUAGACUAGUACAAUUUCAUUGUUAUUCUCAUUUUCAUCACCACCUUCAAAUGUCAGAACAAGAAUAAUGUCAUCAAACCAUGGUUUUACAAAAUUUAUCCUUGUCCAGUUCAAAGAUUUUGCUUGCUAACGGCAAGUAAAGUAGAUGAAUUUCAGUUCUAUUCAAGACCGUACUAGGAAUGAUUUAUAAUUAAAUCGUCCUGCACACCGUUAUUUGCUGCAUUUUAUGUUGAAAUAGAACACUCGCAGCAGAAUAUAGUCCACUAUAUGGUCGCUUUGCACGAUUUUUUUCUCAGCUUUUUCCGACUGUGCCGAGACGAGGCCAUUUGUUCUUACGAGGUUUUUCUGCGAUAUAGAUAUUUUCAACUAUCUCGUAAAAAGAGUAUCCAGUGUACUAAGAUUUAGUUUAGUUUCUUUUUGCCUGGCUUUGUUUAAAUUCAUCUGUUAUAUGUAUAUGAAAACAUCGACCAGUUCGUAUUUUAUUAAACAAAACCACAGCGGAGUAUUACAUUUUAACCGAUCUCAUCAAAAUAUACCAAUGACAGAAAUAUGGGUCACAAUUAUUCGUCAGUAAUGCAAACAAGUGGGAGUGAUCAAGAUUAGAAAUUGCAAUUUUAGUCAAUUCAAUGCGAAAUAUUUUACUGGACCCAAAAUAUACUUAUGUUACAACGAUGUAGUAACAUAUGAGAAGCGCAAUUUUUAAAUUGAAUAAAAAUGAUAAUUGAAUUAACAAAUGCCUUAAGCCACUCUAGCAUUGCAUCAGCAAUGAACUACUUCACAUCUAAACUAUUUCAAAUGUUAGCUUUCUAGUUGCAAAACGAUCUACUAGCACAACAUUGUCGAUAGCUAUCCGCUAAACGAUUGCUCUGAAAUAACAGUCUUAUAUACAUUAGUUCUUUAAUUAGCAGUUAAUUUAUAGACAGUUAAAUCUAGCAUGUAAGUAGGAUUUUCAAAUUUGCAAGUAAACCAAAAAAUAGCAGAAUAUCAAAGAACUAAUGAUUUUAGCAGAGAAGAAUUCAAGCUCUGGCAAGGUUCUCUUGCUUGAUUCAAAUUAAUAGAACUUAACUCCAACACUAAUACAACAUUGAUAGCAAAAUAAGCACAAAAUACACUGAAUUUAUAGAAUGGAAUAUCAACAGGAAAACAGAAAACGAGAAAGGCACAUAUUUCCACGACACAAAAAGUUGUUAACUACUGCAGAGAAACUAAUUUUAUACCAGCAAUCGCAGCAACUUUAAGUUGUCUAUAUUUCAUUACAAUUAUGCAAAUAACAAAAUUUAUGCUAUGUAGAGUAUAGAUAGUUCACAUUACCGGUUUUAAUCAAACAUGUGUGAAAGUUAGAAUAUGGAAGAAUCCUGGAUUCUUUCGCGCAUUGAGAAGUGCUCUUUGGCAAUAUUGGAUAGAAAUUUUUCCAUAUUUUACAUCUACCGCUAAGCAAAUUUCCAGUAAAGCCAGCCAGAAAAUGAAGCGGAAGCCUUGUUAGCUUUUAAACGGAAUUCCAGCUCAAAAAACGGUUGGUGUUACUGGAUACCCACAUUGUGUAGUGGGCAAUUUUAGAGACAGGGAAUGGAAUCUGGAUCGCAUUUUUUAAACAUAAUAGAAUAGUAUCCAACCACGAUUUGUUGAAUUUAGAUGCUCAUAUUACCAGGACAAAAGAAAAAAAUGAACAUUACUAGCUGGCAUUUUUUUUAUUAUCAUUACAUCAAUAAAGCUCACACUCAAUUAGUGCUGUCAUGUCAGAACAGAAAUGCUUGCGCAAAAAAUAUUUUUGCAGAAAUGUCUCUUGAUCAUGCCGCUUAUUCUAAACAGUUUAUAGAGUCUGUUGAAAAUCCGAAUUUGAUUUAUGUAAACUUCCAAAGUAAAUGACAAUGUUGCAAACCAAAACAAACAAAAAUUCUGGUCCGAGCCUAAAAUAAAAUUAUUACAUUUUUC